AAGUUAGGAAGGUGAGAUGGAGGUUUUCUCAUGUAUCUGCAAGUGCAAGCAAGCAAGUAAGUAAGUUUCCAGCUGAAAUAUGUUUGGUGAAUGAGAAGGUGGCAAUAUAUAGAAAACUAACUAAGGACACCAAUGAGGAGAAGCCUUUAGUUUCACUCCAUGAAAGGAUUGGUCUAUUCUAGCAAUGGAUCCUCUGUUCCCCCAAGUCACAACUGCCCUGAAUUUGAAGGACUAUUGUGAAUCAACAACAAGUUGUCGUUGUAGUAUAGUGGUAAGUAUUCCCGCCUGUCACGCGGGUGACCCGGGUUCGAUCCCCGGCAACGGCGUUAUUUUUUGCAAUAGGUUUCAAGUUUCUCCCUCUUUUUAACAGCUUUACCUGAACAUGCGAGUCUUGUCUUUUUUGCUUUCAGUUGUCAAAGCUCUAGCGCUUACAUCAUUGCAUUGGUUGUUCCUUGAAUUCCAGGUGGUUUUGUUGGCAACAUCCCUGUAAGACUUUUAUGCUUGCAAAGCCACAAACUUUUCUUCAGUGCUAGUGGUGUGAGCCUGCAAGUAAAGCUCAUCAUCUGCUAGCAUCUUUAUUCUUACCGGUGUUCAAGGUGACAACUGCUGCCAUACAGUGGGGGAGGAGGACUGUAAUCCCUAUUGUUCCAUUUUGCAGGUUGCACAGAAGCAAGUGUUGUUGGUAACUAUCCAAUCCUCAAAAGUCUUGAAAUGUUGCAGCACAGUAUCUGAUAAAAACAGAAAAUGCAGUUUUUUUUGUUUGGGAUGAAAAGCCAUUUCCCAAAUAUGAGUGAGAUAGAGACUAGAGACCAUCUUUUCUUCAAACGCAUGUAUGUUCAACAGGUUUCUGCAGUGGAUUUUCAGGAAAGUAUGGUCUUAUCUCCCUACAGAUGGAUUGGAAGAAGGAUUACAAGAGGCUACACUGAAGUUGGGAAGCUGUUUCAGUUUGGAAGAUACUUGUGGACACUAGCAAUCAGUGAGAUUUGGAGUGAAAAGGUGUUGGUGGAGGAAACUGGUUGGAAAAUUGAAGAGCUAGUAGAGAUGAAGUCUGCUGGUACCACCUGCUUUGCAGCUGAUGUUUCUGUAAAUGCCUCAUGAUUUCUUAAACCCCUAAUAAUUAUGACAAUUAUGAUAGAACCUAAAAAUUAGGUUUCUAUCAUACAGAUAUAUGAUGACCUUGGAUUUGCCUUUUUGCCAAGUUGAGAUUGUUGCCAAAAGGUGGACACAAUGAGUAUACUCCUGCUUAUCAUACUACUCAUGGCUCAUGAUAUCAUGUCUCUACUAUUGUGUCAAAGUCCAAAUUGUUACCUUUCCCCACUUUGUCUCAAAGAAUGAGAAGUGCCAUUGAUCUGCUAUUCCGUCCCCAUUGUCCAUUCAGCCUGCUCGGAACAAUCCACCUUUUCUCGGAUUAUUUUUCGAUAUAAUCAUAUAAAAAGACAAUCUUUCAGGAAUUUUAGACCAAGCUUGACUUAAAAGUAGUCGAGACUUUUCCUCGGUUAGGUGGUGUGUUCCUUAAGCAAUGUUGAAUGUGUAAAAACCACUCCCUCAUUGAGUAAGCAGAACUAGGAUCACCAUUAUCUACAAAUUGGCUCAGAGAACAGUGUCCACCAUUGGAGAUUUCAUUGAAUAAUCGUUUGAUAUCUGCCUAGUGUUGCACUCACAUCAGAAGGGAGAGUCAGCAGCUAGUUCUACUUUGAAUAAAGCUGUGCAAACUGCAAACAUGUGCCCUGUUCCAUUCUCCUUGUCUGUGAUUUGGAUUGACCCAAUUCAGCAAAGCUAAUAAGCAGCUCUGGAAAAGAAGGAAACAGUGCAUGUAAAUGCAAUGUAGCAAAGGGAAAGCAGCCAUGAAAGUGUAAUGUUUUUUUUUUUACAUGGAAGAUUUGGAAUGGAAGGUUGGUUCUCCUUUGACUUUAAAGCUUUCCCUUUCCCCGUGACUGGCGGGAAUGAAUUCCCACCAAGUAAGUAGGUGAAAGAAAUGGGAGAUGGGUAUUCAUUGAAUCAAUUUGCUGCUGGCUAAGGCUAAGACGGAACUCCCCAAAUCAAAUAGUACUGGUUGCCAACUAGCAGAGGCAGAGCAGGUCGAUUUUGACCAUAAAUGUUGCCUUCUUUUUCUGUUGUAACAUCUAUUUCAACUAACCUACCCUAUCUACACCGGGGGUUAAAGAAGACACUAGAAUGUUGGAAGCUAAAAUAACAAAAAUAUAUCACAAUGUUGUAGAAUUUCAUAGAAAGUAGGAAUAACAAGUUCAUGUGUAAACACUCAACAACAAGUUCAUUCGUCUUUCAAAUAACUUCGUCCAUCCACCAUGAGGGUCCUACGAAAUUCUAGUUGUUCACUGGUUAGCGUCGAGUCUACAACAACACUCAAUGAUACACGACGACCUCCUCCCUUGUCCAAACAAGGUAAUAACGAUUAGAUUGUUAGUGAAAAUAUUGACAUCAUAAUUCUAAUCAAUGUAUUAAGUUUAGGAGUGGUAAAGAGUUAAUGGUUAUCGAUUGUAACCGACAUCGAUGAUUAGUGGUUAACCUAUUAUUUCUUUGUGGUCAGUUCCUCAAUGUUCCGGUUAUUUAAGGAGGUGAGAAGGAGAUGCAUAAUCGUCUCUUUUCGAAAGAAAUCGACAGCAUCGUUGUGGUAAUGGCCGUAAUUCCAGAGGAAUCAUUACCACAAGACAUAGAGGGGGAGGUCAUAAGCGCCUAUACCAUAAAGUCGAUUUUUGACGGAAUGAAAAGACAUAUAUGUUAGAAUCACAGCCAUAGAAUACAACCCUAAUCGAAAUGCAUACAUGAGUCUCAUACAUUAUAAGGAUGGUGACAAGAGAUUUAUUAGUUUUAUUUUGUUUAGUGGUUAACCACUAACCUACUAAUCAGUUAGCGGUUAAUCGAUAAGAAAAUGUAUAACACAUAGUUUUGGGUUUUGCCUAAGGAGAAAGUCUCAAAAAUUCAAAACCAACCAAAGUCGCAAUUCAAAACAUCCCAAGUUUUGCUUAGUGGUUAACCACUAACCGACUAAUCAGUUAGUGGUUAAUCGAUAAGAAAAUGUAUAACACAUA